ACAACUAAAAUUCUCUCAUUCUCAUUCAUUCCCCCCCUCCUUGACACACACACACUCUCUAUAAAUAUAUAUAUUAACGCCCACUCACUCUUUCCUCCAUCACCCAUCUCUCUCUCAUUCUCCUCCUUUCUCUCUUUUCUAUCUCACAGAGCAGUAGUGGUGGUGGUGGCGCUUUGAUCUUUUCAUUUUCAUGGAGAUUCAAGAGGAAAACAUGAUUCUGAAUAUGGGUUCUAACGAUAUUUCGUAUAUAGCUAAAGGAAAACGUACGAAACGUCAAAGACUUCAGUCUCCGAUUAUUCUUGCUUUAACUAAUACUGCAGCUACUAGUAGCGGUGAUGAUGAUGAUGGUGGUAAUGUUGAAAAUGGUGAUGAUAACAAUAAUAAUGAUAAUACUCAGAUUAUAAUGAAUAAUUCUUCUGUUUCUCCGACUUCGUCCACCACAACUGGAUUUAUCACUAAUAACGAAGCUGAAGAUCAAGAAGAUGAAGAUAUGGCGAAUUGUUUGAUUCUCUUAGCUAGAGGAGGACAUGGUAAUGAUAAAACAAGUAUUCAACAUCCGGAGGAAGACAACGAAGAAGAAGACGUUGUAAUUCCUACUGCAACUACUACAGCUAACUUAAUGGAAGUUGCUGUCCCAAGAUUUAAUAGUAGAAGAAUUACAGAAGCGCCAAUAAUAGGGAAAUCUGGGUUCUAUGUUUAUGAAUGCAAAACUUGUAAUAGGUGUUUUCCUUCUUUUCAAGCUUUAGGUGGUCAUAGAGCUAGUCAUAAAAAGCCUAAGAAUCUUCUUAUGGUUGAAGAUCAUCAACAACAGCAAUUGAAGAAAUCUCUGGUAUUAUUAUCCGAAGCCCAAAUUCCAGUUUCCAGAGCAACGACAACAACUUCGUCAUCAAUGGGUUUUAACAACAACAAAUCAAAAGUUCAUGAGUGUUCAAUUUGUGGCGCUGAAUUUUCUUCUGGUCAAGCUUUGGGUGGUCAUAUGAGAAGACAUAGAACAACCCCAAUUACAGCAGCAGCAACAACAACAAAUUCUUCUGCAAUUUCUGCCAUUAUUAAUCAUAACAAUACUAGCAAAAACACAAUCACGAGUAUAUCUGGAACUGAAGAAUUUUAUCACCCGAAGAUGCAGAAAACAAGAAAUCUACUGUCAUUGGAUCUAAAUUUACCAGCACCCCAAGACGAUGAACAACAGAGUAAAUUCACUUUCGGUUCAAAUUCUAAUUCUAAACAACAAUCUCUGGUUUUCUCUGCUUCUGCUUUAGUUGAUUGCCAUUACUAAACAAUACCCCAAAUUAUCAUUUUAAUCUCUCUAAUUCGUCUUUAAUGUGAAUUAUUAGCAUUGUGAUUUUUUUAUUAAUAUUCACAAUUAUUGAUUCUUUCAAUUCAAUUUUUUCUUUUCUUACCUCAAUUUGUUCAUCAUCAUUUGACUUAGCUCAAUUAUAUUUACAACAAUUGUUCAGUUAUUUUUGUAAUAAUUUUUUUUUCCCAAUUUUAGUGUCAAAAUUCUAAUUAUGUAAAAGAAAAAAAGAUUGAGAGAAAGUAGAAGUUAAUUUUAGGGUUUCUUGUACCAACAAAAAAGUGUUAGUGGAUUAGGUUCUUCCUCCAACUAUUGCUUGUUUUGAUUACAAGGAAA